AUGACAUUCAAGUUUGGCUUCAAAGAAGUACGAACUUUAGGUGGAGGUCAAUUCAGUACGGUCUAUGAGGUCCUCGAUGAACACCAUCCUACCAAUUCUAGAAGAUAUGCACUGAAAGUUGUCGAACCUGAUGAUGAAAGACCUCCUCAUAAUGUCAGAAAUGAAUGCGCCAUCAUGACAAAGUUAAAACAGCACAAGGGAGUGAAUAGUUACAGUGAGAACGUCCUCAGACUUAUAGCAGAGUUCACCAACCCUCUAGAAAUCGGACUUUUGUUUCCACUAUAUGCUUGCACUCUAUCGGAUGUCAUAAAUCAUUAUUGUAAGAGGCAUACAAAGUUUAAUGUCGACGGAACCUUGUCGAAAGUAACCAGAAAUGAAAUGGAGUCGCAUGACAUACAUCACGUGAUACACCACUUAUUAAGUGGUUUAAACUUCAUUCAUAGUUGUGGUAUUAUUCACAGAGAUAUCAACCCCAACAAUAUCAUGUUUCAAGGUCUAGAUUCCCUAGAGCCAGUGAUUAUUGAUUUUGGAAUAUCCUAUGAAUUGCCUACAAAUAACGGUCUGGAAUCACCCAAUUUGAAAUUCACAGAUAUAGCCACAGGAUAUUUCAAAGCUCCCGAAUUGCUUCUAUCUGUCCGCAAUUACAGUUACGAAGUAGAUAUCUGGUCGAUGGCUAUAAUCAUAGCAUUGCUUUGUAGUAAUGAUGGCUCAGUACCUUUUGAUGAGGACUCUGCUCAUAGUGAUUUGGCUCUAUUAAGUAAUAUAGUUACUGUUUUUGGCUCUCCUCCAAAGGAUUGGCAAGACUGUAAAGGCUCUCGGACAUUUCAUGCCAUGAAUGAUAGCUUUUUUGCUAAAAAACCCAAACCAAUGUCUGAAAUUCUUCCUAGAGUUGUCGACUUUGACCAAAACAUAGUCGAUGUCUUCCAGGGCAUGACAAAGUAUCCCUCUAAAGAGAGACUUACUGCUAAAGAAGCGCUAAUGAAAUUGAAGUGA